CAUCAUCAUGAGAUGCUUAAAGAUAUAGAGCGGAAACAAGUAGGGGUGGUAAUUGGUCGGUUACCGGUUAACCGGUAAUCGAUUAACCGGUUAUCGGUAUACCGAUUUGUGUCAAAUGACCUCCGGCUACCGAUAUCGGUUUCUUGUCGGUAUACCGACUAAUCGGUUGCUCGGUUACCGAUUAGUAAUCCGGUUGCCUGGUUACCGACUCUUGUUCCGCUCCAACUCUGAAAUCCCCAAUCUCGCAAACCCUUACACGCCGAAUGGACCGAACCAUUCUUCCACCACCGCCGCUUUUGAUCCCACCACUCCCUCCGCCUUCGCUCCCACCACCCCUGACGCCGCCUUCGCACCAACAACUCCUGAUGCCGCCUUCGCACUAACAACUCCCGAUGCCACCGCUUCCUUCACUCUUCCUUUCUCUAUCCCUUCCAUCCAUCUGCAUUCCGAUUAAUCACCAAUCUCGCAAACUCUUACUGCAAUCCCGUCACGGGAAAACAAAUCAACAAUCACAAUCACAAUCGAGUAGGUGUUGUUGCUGCUCUGUGGUGGGGCUUCGACCAGCCACCAGCGGCGCCGCCCUUCUAUGGCCGGCAAAUCUGGAAUCGAGAGGGAUGAAGAAGAAAAGGAAGACCUCCUUUGCAUGGCGCUGAAUCUGGUGAUUCAGUGAUCUAUUUCGAUGAUGAAGAAGAGCUUAAUUGAGUCUCCCUCACCGCCACCUCAGCACCUCCGUCGGACCCAAUUAUGCAUGCGUAUUUUCCCAACCGCGUCAUCCUUAAAGAGAAGAGAAGAGAAGAGAAGGAGAGAAGACCUCGGCAACAUGGGGAAGUUUGACAUUUUUUCUAGUUAUGAUUUCGAUUUGUAACAGGGGAAGAAAAGAAGGAGAGAAGGAUGGUGACUGUCUGUGGUGAAGGCGGAGAGAAGGAGAUAGGGAAAGGGUUCCCUAAUUGCGAGGGGCAGGCAGGGAAAGGGUUUUUAUUUUGCAAUAAGUGAGGUGGUUUCCG